UGAAAAGAAAGAGGCAUCAAAGUCAAGCACUUUCUGUUGGCCCUGUAGGAAAGAUUACCAGCGAACUAGUAAACCUUGGUGCUAGCUUUAGAACCAAAUACCAUUAGCCCACAGGAAAACAAUUGCUAGAAAAACCAUGGAAGAGAUAAAUGACAGCCCACUUAAGCUACCCUCCCUCUCUAUGCAAGAUGAAUAUAAGGACAUUACUCGCUUUCUUGGGUUAGCUGAGAUUGAAGAUUAUUUAUCAUGUGGAAGUGCUUUUUGACAAGAACAUCAAGAUGCUUCUCAACAUCAGCAGGCAACAAGGCACUUAAAUGGUGGGAUCAUGUAGCCCCAGCUCCAAAAGAUCCCAUUACUAGUGUUACUGAGGCUUUUCUUGCUGACGCUAGUCCCACAAAGAUCAAUCUUGGAGUGGGAGCUUAUAGAGAUGAUGAAGGGAAACCUGUUGUCCUUCAAUGUGUUAGAGAGGCUGAGGCAAAGAUUGCUGGUUGUGACUUCUUAGGUAUUGGCAGGGAGUCGGUCUCUUCUGCAGUGAGUUCAAAACUGGUUGAGGAGAGUGUCAAAUUGGUUUAUGGAAUGAAUUCGGACAUUAUAAAAGAAGGGAGGUUUGCUGGAGUUCAAGCUCUAUCAGGAACCGGUGCAUGUCGUCUCUUUGCUGAGUUCCAGAGGCGUUUCUAUCCUGGAUCUCAAAUAUAUAUGACUGGUCCAACUUGGUCCAACCACCAUAACAUAUGGAGAGAUGCCCUCGUUCCAGAGAGAACUUUUCACUACUACCAUCCUGAUUCAAAGGGUUUAAAUUUUUCUGCUCUUAUGGAUGAUGUCAAGAAUGCCCCAGAUGGUUCUUUUUUCUUACUCCACCCUUGUGCUCACAACCCAACUGGGGUUGACCCUACCGAGGAACAGUGGAGAGAAAUUUCGUAUCUUUUUAAGGUAAAAAAUCAUUUCCCCUUCUUUGACAUGGCUUAUCAAGGUUUUGCAAGUGGGGACCUCGACAGGGAUGCCCAAUCAAUCCGGAUUUUUGUUGAAGAUGGGAACUUAAUAGGUUGUGCUCAAUCCUUUGCGAAGAACAUGGGAUUAUAUGGACAUCGAGUUGGUUGUCUCAAGUAUGUGCACAUUCUGGAUUAUAUUUUGAGUGUUCUCUGCAAUGAUGCAAAGCAAGCAGUUGCAAUUAAAAGUCAACUGCAGCAGAUUGCCCGGGCAAUGUAUAGCAGUCCUCCUGUUCAUGGUAUAUUACUGGUCUCAGGUAUCUUGAGUGAUCCUAAUAUGAAAGCACUUUGGGUCGAAGAGGUGAAGGUGAUGGCAAAUCGCAUUCAAAGUCUGCGGACUACUCUGCGGAAAAGCCUUGAGCAAUUGAGUUCUUCGCUCAAUUGGGAACACAUAACUAAUCAGGUUGGGAUGUUUUGCUUCUCCGGCUUGACCCCUGAGCAGGUUGAUCGGCUGCAAAGGGGAUUUCACAUUUACAUGACUCUUGAUGGACGUAUGAGACGCUUUUUGAGAAAGAACAGAAAAGCAAAAGCUGUCUUGCUUCUGAAGCAGCUGAAAGAGCCUAGUUACUGUAAUUGAUUUAAGAAUCUGGAAGUUUUAAGCAUGGAAACUUUAAUGGUUUGUCCGUGUAAAGCCAAAUCAAUCCCUAACAUAUGGGUAAACAUGGACCACAAUCCCACAGAACAGCUGUGAAACACGCUCGUGAUGCUAGCAGGCUGAACUGCCGACAAGUUGGACACAAGCAAAGCUUGAGCAACUGUUAUUUGUUAGUCGUUGGAUUUCCAUUUUGGAAUCUUCUUUCUUGUGAGGUUCUUCAGUCUCAUCUAGUCUUCUUUGUCAGUCAUUAGAAAGAACAAAAUGAGAUCCUUUAGCAGUACAUCUUUCUUUGCUCUUUUGUUCUUUAGGUUCUUAAAGUGCAGAUGCUUUGGGCCCAUGACAUUGACUCAUUGGAUUUUUCUAAGAACGAACUGUUUAUGAUUCAUGGUUAUGAAGAAAUUUCCCUGAGCUUUGUAUU